UAAUAAACCAUUACCAUUAAAUAAAAAAACCUUGUAAUUCUUAUCCUGCUCGCUGCUCUCCACUCAAAUGGCGCUAACCUUGACCAUUAGCAAUGGCAGUAGUAGUUGCAGCACAGGAAAUGGGGUCCGACUCCUCCACCCCAACAAAUUACCUGUCGCUCUCCCCCAUCGCCGCCGCCUCCUUCUCUUCCCAACCUCCCCCAGAACCUUUCACUUGACCUCAGCUGCCAAAAAGUUCCGAACCGGACGCUACGAUAGCAAGAACAGGAGGAGCAAUCUCACGACCAAAGAACAAGAUGAAGAGCUGGAGAGAAAAUGGACGGUUGGGAGUGAAGAAGAAAAUGAUGGUGGUGUUGGAAUUGGAGUUGGAUUAGAUAACGUUGGAGUUGGUGGGAGUUCGUCUGCGGUUUCGGCUGAUGGUAAGCCGUUUCCUGAUCUUCCAGGUCUUCAUCCGGAUCCAUUUGAAGGUCGGCAAUGGGAUGUUCUUGGUUUCCUUGUUCAGUAUUUGUGGGCUUUCGGCAUCGUUUUUGCGUUGAUUGCUUGUGGGAUUGCCGUUGCAACUUACAACGAAGGGGCAACAGAUUUUAAGGAGACUCCUGCAUACAAAGAGUCGAUCCAAUCUCAAGAGCUUUUAGAACAACCCGAUGCCUCUAAUUCGGAUGUCUUCGAAUCUAACCCUACUGAAGUUGCACCCAGUUUGGAGUAGUUGCCAUAACAUGGACAAAGGGCCUGCAUAUAUCUGGAUUGGGAAAACAAAUCACUUGGAACUUAUAUGGUUUUCCUUUUCCCCCUAGAUUUAUAUAGCUGAUGUUUGUAAUUUCUCUUUGAAAAUGCUGUAUCUGAAUGAUUUUGAGAUAAUGUUACAAGUAUGGCAGUUAGCAUAUAUUGCAGAGCAAAGUUGAAAUUCCCAUGAAUA